GUCGAUCAUCAGUGCUCGUAAUGCAUAACAACCAACGAACUCAAACCAAGAGCGCGCGCACGUGUUACAGAUCGAAGCUACGCCAAGCCAGUCGGUGGUCUCAUUCUUACCCCGGAAUCUGUCCUUCCAAUUUGUCAGUUUGUUGACUUAAGCUAGAUCUGAUACAGACCGUUUUUGUGAGAAUUGAGUCUUCAUACUUCAUACUUCAACAGCAGUCUAUAUUAUACUGGAAGAAGAAGUACUCCAUCUUAGUGGUCCAGCCAUGAAGGUCUUGGUAACAGGUGCAUCUGGUCUGAUGGGUCGAGCUCUCAUGAGGGAGUUUGAGAGGACGCCCUCAUGUGAUGUCUUAGGUCUGGCGUUCUCUCGUGCGAAGGGCUCUCUCCGGAAGGUUGACAUCAGAGACGAGGGGGAGGUCAGAAAGGUCAUGCAAGAAUUCCAGCCUGAUGCUAUAGUACACGCUGCAGUACAAAGAAGGCCUGAUGUGGUAGAGAAGGAUGAAGAGGCAGCCAAGAAAGUUAACUGCAGUGCAACUGAGACAAUAGCCAAGAUUAGUGCUGAGAUGGGUACUUUCCUGAUCUACAUCAGUACAGACUAUGUGUUUGAUGGAACCAAACCUCCAUAUAAACCCACAGAUGCUACCAACCCUCUUAACAAGUAUGGACAACAAAAACUAGAAGGAGAGAAGAUCUCCCAAGCACAUGCUCCAAAUUGUGCCAUUUUACGAGUGCCCGUCCUAUAUGGUCAGAUUGAGACAGUGGAAGAGAGCGCUGUCACCGUCCUUCUCAACACCUUGGUGAAUCGAGAGAAGACAGACAUGAUCGAUGAUUGCUGCACCCGAUGCCCGACUUCUGUUGACGACAUAGCUGUGGUCUGCAGACAGAUGUGUGAAAGAUGGAAGACGGAUCCUAAGACAAUGAGUGGCGUUUUCCAUUGGUGUGGAUCUGAGUUCAUGACUAAAUACACCAUGAUAACAAAAAUAGCCGAUGCCUUUAACCUGCCUCAUGAUCACCUUAAACCAGACCCAGUCCAACCAACAGGGGGAACGUUACGCCCCAAGGAUUGCUCCUUGGACCGGUCUAAGCUGGAAGCGCUCGGUAUCGGACAGACCACGCCUAUUUGGGAAGAGCUACAAAAAGUCAUGGCACCAUUCGUGACUAGUCAGUGAUAGCUAAUUUAGUUCUUUUGCUUCUUCAAUUUUGGUAAAUGGUGGCAGUACAGUAUUUAAAAACAUGGGUGUUAUUCUGUAAGCAAUGUUAUAUUCUAUAUCCGGGUAAGGGGGAAAAUGGUUCAUUUCAUAACAAUCUAUGCUAAGACAAGUUGUUGUUAAAUGUCUUCUUAGAGAUAGCUGCAUUCGCAGGAAGUUAAAAGAGACAUCUGAACAAGCAAAAAUGAUAGGUGUUAAUUCUGUACAUUUUCAGUUUGUUUGACUAUUAAAGGCAUCGUUUAACAAUGUUAAAUCUGAGAUGCAUGGCCUACGUGUUAUCAGUUUCUGUGAUAUGGUGUAAUAUCGAAACCCUAAAAUAUUGGCGCUUCA